AAGGCCAAUGUAGCUGGCCUGGCUGCUAGUGCUCAGCACAUUCAGGGCUUGCUGCACACAAGUCCUCGACCCCAACUACAGUCUUCAUGGAAGAUUAGUAGCCGUGCGUCGAGUUUCGUCUCUACAGAGCUGUAUGUGGCUGCUCUUCUCAUUUUGCCUUUUUAUGAGAAAUGAACUGAGGUGCUUCUUCUACUGCCUUCUGAACUUGCUGCUGAUUUUUCUAUGGACACAGAUUGAGGUGCAGCGCCCAGUGCAGAUAGAGUAAAGUGGAGAGAGGAAGAUGCCAGCCCCACCUCCCCCACCACCCCCAGGGCCUCCCCCUCCUCCCACCUUUGCUGUUGCCAAUACAGAGAAGCCAUCUCUAAACCGCUCUGAGCAGCAAGGAAGGAAUGCUCUGCUGGGCGACAUUUGUAAAGGAGCCAGAUUAAAGAAAACUGUUACCAAUGACCGCAGUGCACCUGUACUGGAUAAACCCAAAGGAGGAGGAGGGGGUGGAGGAGGAGGAGGAGGAGGAGGAGGAGGAGGAGGAGGUGGUGGUGGUGGCGGAGGAGGAAGUUUUGGCGGUGGGGCUCCCAGUGGUUUAGGAGGCCUGUUUGCAGGAGGGAUGCCAAAACUAAGGUCUGCAGCAAACAGAGACUCCAAUGACUCAGCUCCCAGCCGAGGGUCCAUACUCCCCCCAGGAGGUCGUACUUGUGCACCCGUCCCCUUUGGUGGAGGUGGCAGUGGAGGUCCACCUAAACUCCCAGGAGCCCCUGCUGGUGUCCGUAAUACUGCCCCUGACCUUCCUAAGGGCCGACCAAAUUUUUCAUUCAGACAGGACACUCCUGGGGGCCCUCCUCCCGUGCCAAAUACACCCAGACCAAACCAAGGCUUCCAGUCUCGUGGGGGCCCACCUCCACCAUCACUCCCUUCAGGACCCCGGCCAACACCAGCUGCCUCUCCUAGCGUUCCACCAGGAAGGCUUGGACAUCUCCCACCUCCCCCUGGAGGCUCCUUGCAUGGACCCAAACCAGGAUUCUCUUCACCACCUCCACCUCCUCCAAACAGCAGCAGACCUUCUUUGCCACCCACUCCCGGAGGGAGGCCUCCAGUUCCUGAUGACCGGCCCCCACCUCCACCUGCCCCAGUGGGAGUUCAUCGGCCAUCUAUACCCCGUGAUUUUCCACCUCCUCCUCCAUGUAUUAACUCCAAACCAUCUUCUGUCUCCUCCUCCCCUGCUUCUCGCUCUACACCUGGGGGAGGAGCACCGCCUCUACCACCAAGCCGACCAGGCCCUCCUCCUCUCCCACCCUCCCCAGCUGGAGGAGAGGACCACAGCACCCCUCGUCUGCCCCAGCGGAACAGUUCACUCAACAGUCAUGCUCCAGCUUCUUCACAUAGUCGGGGGGGACCUCUCCCUCCUCCACCAAAUGAGAGACCACCAUCUCUUCAUGGAAGGAAUCAAUCCUCAGCACGUACAGGGCCUCUUCCUCCCCCUCCUCCCUCAGGUCGUAACAUUGGUGGGGGCAGUGUUAGGUCAGCACCGGCUCCUUCUCCUAUUGGGCGGCCAGGCCCAGAGCCCCCUCGUGGAUCUGGCAGCAGACCUCCCCUCCCUCCAGACAGGCCAGGGACAGGAGGGCCCCCUCCUCCUCCUCCACCCAUAGGAAAUGGUUUCCAAAACUCUCACCACAACCAGAUACAGGAUGAGUGGGAGAGUCGAUUCAACUUCCAUCCCGUGUCUGACCUUCCUCCACCUGAGCCCUACGUCCCCUCUCAGAAAACCUACCCAAGCAAGAUCGCCAAGAAUGACAGCAGAGGUCCUGGUAAAAAGGAAAGAGGAGCUCCUCCUCUUCCUCCCAUACCAAGGUGAAGAAAAGAUUGCAUUAAGCACAACUCCUGGAACUUCUCUCUGUUUCCUCAAACUCUCCCUUUCUCACUGCCUGCUCAAUGUGCUUUUAUCUGUGGCAUGAGGUUCAUCUCAGGACUGUAAAAUGUAUGAUGGACCUGAAGAAUGGUUGACCAAGUAAAAGGACAAACUCCCACAAAAUGUGCCUCUGCAGCAGCAUUUGAUGACUGAGGCAUGUUUUUAUUCAUGUGCACCAUGCCUUAAUAAUAGCAAAAAAUUAUUUUAAGGUUACAUCAAAACUGUUUCUGUGAGACUGAACACCCAUAAAGAGCAUUUUUAACAACCUUAUCUCAUUUGUUUCAUAAAAUCAAACACCUUUUACAUUGUUUGAUACCACUGAUGCUGUAUUUCUUUAUUCUUGCAAGAUUUUUAUCUCCUCAAACAGCUGCAUUUUUAGAAAACUAGCUGUCCCUACAAAUUAACCAGCAUUUUGCAGCCUUUUGGAAAUACGCCAACAGUAGAGUCCCUGAGCUUCUAAUGUCGCCUUUUGCUAAUGUGUUUACAGGAUUUGUUUCUCUUUUGGUACACUGCACUUUCUUUGUGCUUUUUCCUAGCCUGGUUUGUAAUUCCAGGCUGCUUUAAAGAGUUACAGGAAUUACCCUUAAGUGCCUUGAAUUGUGUGAGUAUGCUAGUUCAGAUGAAUUUGAUGACCUCUACUGAUGUAAAUGGAAAAAUAAUACAGGAGAUGUAUUGCCUUACACCCCAUAUCAUGGUGUUUUGAUACCAGCAUCAUUUUGUAAGAAAAAUCAAACCAAACAAACUAAAAUGACCAAAAACCUCUUGCCUCCACUGCUUGAUCAGGUGAUUUGCGGGUGUUUUGAUUUGCCAAAGCCACAUGUGCCUUCACACCCCAGAUACUUACAUCUGAGCAUUUGUAUUGCAACCACUGAGCGGUACUUUUAUUUUGAUUGUAAAAUGUGCAUUUAAUGUGUCUGACGGAGAUGUUUUAAAUGACAUUGUAUGGUGUUAUGGCAGCAUUGGUUUACAAUCAGUAUGUUUUUUUUAGUUUGUUAAAGCUGCCUUGAUAUGUUGUGAAGGACCUGUGUGUGUAUCUGUUUGGUUUAAUCAAGUGAUAAAGAAGGACUGUACUGUUUUAAGUUAUGUGUAUAAACUGUGCAGUAUUAUGUUUGUUUUUCUUGCUUUACCCAGCACUGCUUGAAUAUCCUUUUGUAUCAAGAUGUAUUAUCAAGUGCUGGUCAGAGAAACAUAAUCUUAAAGACAAUCAUAGGGAAGUAAACAUAUUUACAUAAAUAAAUAAAUAAAUGCUUUAAGAUAUGUGCUUUAUAUUUACUUUUAUUUGAAUUUUUAAAGAAUGUUGAUAUUUCUGAAAGAAAAAAAAAACUUCUCCUGAUUACAGACAAGAUGAUGAAUUGUAAAGUGAUUGCUCAAAGGUAAUGAUUUGUUAUGGAUUGUCAGAUGAACUAUGCAUUAUUUGCAUGUUUGUGCAAUAAAGCUGGACA